UUCGAUGACUGGCAGCCUAUACCCCAAAAACCAUCUUCCGACCCCACCUACUCUUAGCAAGUUCAGACUGGCACAGAAACUUCACGCACUUCGUUCUUUCACUCUUUUUGAUUUCUAAUCUGCGUUUCUUUUUGUCAUCUCUGCUGUAUAGACUCCUGUUACUAUCUGUUACAUGCUGCAUUGAUUUCUGAAGGGUUUAAAGUCGCAAAAAUGAGUGAAACAGAAGACAAUGACAUUCUUGAGCUGGACUCAGAAACGGAAGACGGAGACGUUGAAAUGACUUUAAUGACAGAUGUGGUUUAUUCUGAAGAGUUGCCAACAUACAAAUCUAUGCCAAAAGGUCAAGCUGUGCCAAAAGUGGAACGGGCUGAAUUCAAUGGUAACCCUGAUUCACUAUUUUUCAAUGAUGGAAAGAGAAGGAUCGACUUCGUUUUGGUCUAUGAGGAUGAGUCUAAACAUGCAUCUGAGAAAAAAGGCUCAGUUAUGAGGAGAAGACAAAGGCGCAGAGAGUUUUUCGAAGGAAGCCUGAUGAAUUUGGGUGUGGAAUUGGAAGCGGCACAAUCCGUAGUGGAUGAGAAGCUUGUCUAUGUGAAAGUGCACGUGCCUUUUGAGGUUUUGUGCACUUACGCCGAAGUCCUGCACAUCAAACUGCCCAUCCAGCCCAACGAUUUGGCCCAGCAGUCGUCAACGUACAACUGCUUCACGCGCCACUUCUACCCCAGCGAGGACGUCAUCGCCAAGGAGCCCGACUUCUUCACAGCUCCUUUCAGGAAGGAUCAGCUCAAGUGUUUUUAUGUGAAGGACAGAGAGCAGUUCUUCACGCCGGCCGUGAGGAGCAGAAUGGCGUACUACAUCCUCAGCCGAGCGCCGUAUGACGUCAAAGGAAGCAUGAAAAAGUUUGGCAUCAGUAAGCUGCUGGAUGGAGGCGUGUAUAAGGCUGCGUAUCCAUUACAUGAUAGCAGAUUUAAUGUGAAAUCUAAAGAGCCUGGUUGCCCUAAUGAGCGGUUUCUGCUGUAUAAUGAGUGGGCUCAUCCCAAGAGCUUCUACAAGAUGCAGCCGCUGGAUCUGAUCAGGAAGUAUUUUGGUGAGAAGAUUGGCAUUUAUUUCGCCUGGUUGGGUUUCUACACAGUCAUGUUGACUCUCGCUGCUGCAGUCGGACUCGGUUGUUUCAUAUACGGAUACACGACCAGAGAGAGCAGCACAUGGAGCAAAGAGGUGUGUGACCCUCAGAUUGGUGGAGAAAUCAUUAUGUGUCCGCAGUGUGACAAAAUCUGUCCGUACUGGAGGCUGAACACCACGUGCGAGUCAUCUAAAAGACUGUGUGUAUUCGAUAACUAUGGGACAUUAGUGUUUGCAAUCUUCAUGUCUGUUUGGGUGACUCUGUUUCUGGAGUUCUGGAAGCGCUAUCAGGCCGAACUGGAGCACGACUGGGACACGGUGGAGUUUCUUCAGCAGGAGGAACAGCCUCGACCCGAAUACGAGGCCAAAUGCAUCUAUGAGAGAGUGAAUCCCGUUACACAGGAGAAAGAGAAAGUGCCGCACACAGCCUGCGGGAAGUGCAUGAGAGUGUCGUGUGGCAUCAGCACUGUGUUAUUCUGGGUUCUGUUGAUCAUAGCGUCGGUGGUCGGCGUGAUCGUGUAUCGUCUGGCGAUGUUCAUCACUUUCUCUGCGAAGCUGCGCUCUGAUCUGAAGUAUAGUAAGGAGCUGGAGCCGUUCAAAGAGUACGUGACCCCUCAGAUGGCCACGUCCAUCACGUCCUCCAUCAUCAGCUUCAUCAUCAUCAUGAUUCUCAAUAACGUCUACGAGAAAGUGGCCAUCUGGAUCACAGACUUCGAGCUGCCGCGGACCAAAACGGAGUACGAGAACAGCCUGACGCUGAAGAUGUUCCUCUUUCAGUUUGUGAACUAUUACUCGUCCUGCUUCUACAUUGCUUUCUUCAAAGGGAAGGUGGUGGGCUAUCCAGGAAAACCCGUCUACUGGUUUGGUGCGUUCCGCAAUGAGGAGUGUGAUCCUGGCGGCUGUCUGACUGAACUGACCACACAACUGUCAAUCAUCAUGACAGGAAAGGCUGUCUGGAACAACAUACAGGAAGUCCUACUGCCGUGUGAGUUGUUCCCUCGGCUGGUUUACUACUGGGCGUUUUCUGUCAGCCCUUAUUUAGUAAUGAUUCCUGUCAUGUUAUAUCAAUAUGAGUACAGUAUACAUUAUUGGCACGUUAUCGCUGCCAAACUGGCUUUUAUGAUUGUGGUUGAGCACAUCGUUUAUUUCACCAAGUUCAUUCUGUCCUACAUGAUCCCGGAUGUGCCGGAAGCUCUGAAGGAGCAGAUCAAACGGGAGCGUUACCUGACGCAGGUCAUCCUGCACGAAACCAACAUCAAACACUUCAAGGAGCUCAUGAAGCCCGUCGCUGACAAUCUGCUGGACGAUAUUGAAGAGCCAGAGUUGGAUCUGAAACUGUGAAGCCUUAAAAUGCCAACUCAUUAUAAACCUGAAAUUGACAUCAGCUACCGUCCUUCACAUUAAUGCCUGAACCGCACCCCAUCUCAGACUCCAAUUCAGCCUUAAACCUCAAACAAACACGACCAAGAAUGUUUGCAUAGUCAUUUUCAUUUUAGCAGACACUUCUCAUGCUGAGUGCUGUGUAAUAUGCUCAUGGUAUCUGAAUGCAGUGAUUCACUUGCUACAGAUUAAACAAGAGCAGGAUCUGUAACCACUAAGUUUAAUAUUUUCAGAAAUUGCUCUUUAUGGGUGAGAAACAUCAUUAUAAGCUUCAGUUUGUUGCAGACGGCCACUAAAAAUGAUCAGCCUUGGUUCUGACAAUCCAUUCGAUGCAUAUCGUUACAUAUUAAAAAUUAUCAAAACCAGAUAUGUGAUCUUAAACCACUUUUUAUUCAUCUAAUGCGCAUAAUCUGGUAUAAAACAAUGAAAGAUAUUUUUAUUUGAAGUAUUAUGCUGACAAAUGAAGUUUUUUGUGACGUUUAUAUAAAUAUAAUUAAAAUAAAAAAGUGCACUUAAUGUUUUAAAAAAAUAACCUAUACUAUCAAAACAUGCAAUACCAUGUAUUUUGGACAUUGAUGUACCAUGGUAUUUGUAUAACUGUAUGAAUGUGGUGUUUAUAAUUAAGGUUUAUUAUGGUAAUAUGGUAUUACCUUGGAUAACAUCAUUGUACCAUGUACUGACACACAUGAUAAUGUAAGCAUGAGAUGGCAUAAAUUAAGUUUUUUUAUUAUUAUUUUAGGCCAGCUAACAUUUCAAUCACGCUCUUUAUGUGAAUAUUACCGUUUUUGUUACCAAUUUGUACAAUACGAUGCUUAGAGAGAUAUACAUACCUAUAUUUGCACGUAUUGACCAACAUUUUAUAUAAAAAAUAAAUGGUUGAUGAUGUACAA